ACAGACACACGCCCGCCCACACGCGCGCACAGGGGCCGAGCCGGCGGGCGGCAGGCGGAGGCACCCUCGGAGCCCGGCGCCCGGCGGGGAGGGGACGCGCGACGCGGGACCGGCCCCGGGGCGCAGCAUGGAGGAGGAGAUGCAGCCGGCGGAGGAGGGGCCCAGCGUCCCCAAAAUCUACAAGCAGCGCGGCCCCUACAGCGUGCUCAAGACGUUCCCCAGCAAGAGACCGGCGCUGGCCAAGCGCUACGAGCGACCCACCCUGGUGGAGCUGCCGCACGUGCGGCCGCCCCCGCCGCCCUUCGCGCCGCUCGCCGCGGGCUCCAUCAGCAGCAGCGAGCCGCCGCCGCCGCCGCCGCCGCCGUUCCCGGCGCAGAGCCCCUACCCGCCCGGGCCCGGCCGGGCCGCCGCCGCCGCCUCGUCGUCGUCGCCGUCCUGCACGCCCGCCGCAACCCAGGGCCACCUGAGGACUCCGGCGCCGCCGCCCCCGUCCCCCGCCGCCUCCUCGUCGUCCUCCUUCGCCGCCGUCGUCAGGUACGGCCCCGGCCCGGCGGCGGCCGCGGGCAGCAGCCACGCGGGUAGCGACGGCGCCAGCCUGGAGCUCAGCGCAGAGAGCCGGAUGAUCUUGGAUGCCUUUGCCCAGCAGUGCAGUCGAGUUCUUAGCCUAUUAAAUUGUGGAGGGAAACUUCUGGACUCCAACCAUUCUCAAUCCAUGAUUUCUUGUGUAAAGCAAGAAGGCUCAAAUUAUAACGAAAGACAGGAGCAGUGUCACGUUGGGAAAGGGGUCCACAGUCAGACCUCAGACAAUGUAGACAUCGAGAUGCAAUAUAUGCAAAGGAAACAGCAGACUUCUGCCUUCUUGAGAGUUUUCACUGACUCCCUGCAGAAUUACCUGCUCUCGGGGAGCUUUCCGACUCCUAACACCUCAUCGGUCAGCGAGUAUGGCCACUUGGCUGACGUGGAUCCCCUGUCGACCUCCCCGGUGCACACACUAGGUGGCUGGACCUCCCCAGCAACAUCCGAAUCCCACGGUCACCCAUCGUCCUCCACGCUGCCAGAGGAGGAAGAGGAGGAGGAAGAGGAAGGCUACUGUCCUCGAUGCCAAGAGCUGGAGCAGGAGGUUAUUUCACUACAACAAGAAAAUGAAGAGCUCAGAAGGAAACUUGAGAGCAUCCCAGUGCCCUGCCAGACUGUGCUAGAUUACCUGAAGACCGUCCUGCAGCACCACAACCAACUGCUGAUGCCGCAGCCUGCCGACCAGCCCACCGAGGGAAGCAAGCAGCUGUUGAACAACUAUCCCGUCUACAUAACGAGCAAACAGUGGGACGAGGCUGUGAAUUCCUCCAAGAAAGAUGGGAGACGACUCCUGCGCUACCUCAUCAGAUUUGUUUUCACAACCGAUGAGCUUAAGUACUCAUGCGGCCUUGGGAAAAGGAAAAGGUCAGUGCAGUCAGGAGAGACAGGUCCUGAGAGACGCCCUCUGGAUCCAGUUAAAGUCACUUGCCUCCGAGAAUUCAUUAGGAUGCAUUGCACCUCCAACCCCGACUGGUGGAUGCCCUCAGAGGAACAGAUAAACAAAGUAUUCAGCGACGCUGUGGGUCAUGCCCGGCAGGGGAGGGCCGUGGGGACUUUCCUGCACAACGGUGGCUCAUUCUAUGAAGGGAUGGAUCACCAGGCUUCGCAGGAUGAAGUCUUCAAUAAGAGCUCCCAGGAUGGACCUGGGGAUUGAUGCGUGGACCAGACCUCCCCACAGGAGCCGCCCAUCUUCUCCUGUCUUCUCGAGAGAUCCACUUGUGAAUGUCCUGUUUCUGUCACCUGAGAUUCCAAAGCAUGUCAUUCUGUCGCUCUGUACACAUUUUCACCCUGAAAACGUUCUUGACCUACUGCCAUGGUUUCCAAGGAGAAAUCCAUUUUAGGGUUAUUUGGAAAGGCCAUGCCGUCCAUAGCAGACUUUUGGAAUGUUAGAAGACUACAAUUGACUUUGAAUGAUUGCUAGCUAGACAGUAAAGGUGCAAAAAUAGGGGAGUGCCUAGCCACGUGCUCCAGAUCUUCAAGCUCUGCUUUCCAGAGCAGAGCUGGCCCGCAGAGAGGAAGGCUGGGUGAGUGCCUCUGCCACUGCAAGGUGGGUGGAGACGUAGGUUGAUUUUAAAGGCCAAGGAACAGGUGUUCUGUUAGUUUAGUUCACAUAAGCUGUCUUUAUGUUUCCCAAAGUCUUGAAUUCAUAGUUCUCAGCAAAGACAUUCUAAGCUGCCUCUACAUUGACGUCUACUGUUAAAAAGAAGUCAGGAAACAGAGGCCACUGCUGUAGCCAGUGAUUAGUUGGAAGUCAGCUGUUUUUCUGCUACUUUACAAAAAGAAGAAAUUCCAAGAAGGCGCACUGUGUGAUCUGUGGAGUUUGUACACAGUAGUUUUUCAUUCUGUCAGUCAAGAAACAUCUAGAGGUCCAGAACCAUUUUGAAUGUUCGAUCUCAUAGUUUCCUGGGGCCAACAGUUUCCUUAGUCUAAAGUCAGUCUCUGUGGACACAGAACCAGAAUGCUGGGUUGAACAAUGAGAAUUUCCACCAAUUUGUUGUUUGGUGCACCGAAGACCAAACAAGUUGUGUGACCACUGGCAUUGGGCUGCAUCAGCCAGAUGUUCUGGCGUUGUGUACACACAGCCCCAGGCCAGUCUGGCAACUAUGCAAUGGGCAUGUCGUUGAUUUCUCUGAUAUUUCAGGGGCUGUCUGUGCUGAAUUGAUCUUCACAAUUUGUGUUAAAUUUCUGUGCUCCAUGGUCAUGGAUGAAACCAUUUCAUCCCAAAUGUGCUACUCCUCUCCCCCAGUUACAAGCUGUGGUUAAGUUCCCAUCGUGUCAUAUUCUCUGCACCCCCUCCUCCCACCACUGUCCGCUGUUCAGUUUGUUGAUCUCCGAAUGGCGGAAUGAGUGAUGUCCUGGGACCUUUCCUCAAUCAGCAAAUGCUGUCGAGGUGCUGGAGCCCUGACUUCUGAGGGCAUCACGUGGCAUGUCAGAAGCGCUUCCUUUACUGAACUGGUCCAGGCUGCUGCAUUUUUUGGGAAAGCAGAGGACUACAUGGGCAGUGUUUGUUUAAGGCUGUUAAUGGCAUCUGCAAACAUAGCUGAGGGUUUUGAGUGUCCAUUUAUAAAGGUUUCUGUCUUGCCAUGUUUUGGUCCAAGUAAGACCCUAAAUUGUCCUUAAAUUUACCACAUAGUACUAUAGGCUGAGUCUUAGAAAUGGGUCUUUUUGUUGAUUUCAACCCUUGAAGAAUUUAAUGUUUCCAGGAGUGCACGUGUGUCAGAUUUAUUCAGUAACUGUAGGGAGAAGUAACAUAGCAAUCCUGUUUUGGAAAAGUUAGUAAGAAUUUGGAAAAGCAGUGCUGGGGACAAAUGGGAUGUUGCUUAAGACAGCCGUGGCUGUGCAAGGAAGGAAGAUGCCUCUGGAAGCGUUGUUAGAGCUCUAGGAAGUCAGUGCCAGGUCCGAUUCUUUGACAGCAUGAAAGCUUGCCUGAGGGGAGCCCCUCCGUGGCCUGUGGGUCUUGCAGUUCUGUCUUCCUGUUUCGCACUGGGCUACGGUGAUCCUUACUGCUGAUGAGCACAUUGGCCUUUAUCUACAGCAGCAGCGUACGGCCACUGCUUGUAAGAAGAGCAGACCCCCAGCUCCUAGCGUUUUCUUGGGUUCUGCUCAUUUCUUCUUCACUCUGGAGCCCUGUGGUGCUGGUCGCUGGUCUGCACUCCUCCUUGGGUGGAGGGGGGGUGGUGACGGCAACCUGUGGAUUGGCUGUAAUUCUCACCACCGUCCUCUCAUCCCAUCCACCUGAUUUCUCUAUCAACUGUUUCCAGUGCAGAUUCUAGAACUUUGGAGCUGCGCAUUGGCUGUCUGUUGUGCAUGAGGAAACCGAGGCCUACAGAGAUGAAGUGCUCAGUACCACCCAGCCAGUCCUAAUGCCUCUGGGAGUGCUGGGUCCUAGGCUCCCCUGUCCCGGGGCAGCAGUACUGUUGAGUUAACCCUGUUUGUGUAAUUGCCGCAUUCCAUUAGCCUGGCCCACUGCCUGACCCAGAUGCCGCUUAGGCUGUGACAUAGCAUGAGCUCUCAUACUUCACUAGCCCUCAUCCUAGGACUGACCCAUCCUGCCACGGAGGUCACCUGCAAGGCUGUUACGUCACCUGUGUUCACGUGAGUCUUAUGUCAGGCCUGCAGAAGAGGUUCAUUUCUUUUCUGCUCAGCCCUGUGCAGUCCUAUGAACAGCGAGGUUAAAGGGUCAUCACUCAGGAAGACUGGAUGUCAUCACUGCUCCCUCGGCCUUUCAGUUGAUCACUUUGGAGACCUGAAGAUGUUGCUUGUUGAUUUGAUUUUCCGCGUCUCUGAAAUUUGGACCAAUUGCUGUUAGACAAGCGGUGUAGACUCAUGUCAGCUUUUAGUCAUUUUAGUGUUGGUGUAACACAGGUUAUAUUAAAACAGCUCAGGAGGCACCAGUGCUCCACUGAUGGCUCUCCAGACCCACGAAGACUAGACGUGGACUUGCUGUCGACGACUAGGUGAGUCCAUAGCCCACGUCCACUACUGGUGACAGCAGCUCAGUGUGUCCUCUGUUUUCCAAAUUAAAGUCCUAUACAAAGAUCAUGCUGCUUUUCACAGUGAACUGAUGCCCCCAGUACAGUUCCAGACAGGCUAAGGGUAGAGGACCCUGGCGUGCUGUGUGGCAGAGGACGCUGGCCAGGGUCCUGCAGAGGGGAGCAGUGCUCUGCGGGCAGCUGCUGAAGUGAGAGUUCUCAUGGUGUCUCUUGGUGGUGCAGUGUCCAGAGCCUCCUGCUUCAACUGCAGUGUUCAGUGUUCUCAAGAAAAACUGGAGACAUUUAGAUUGUAACUCCUCUUUUUUUUCCUGAAUGUUUCCCGCAGCCCUUGAACUCCAGAGUCAUCCCCAGGAUUCCUCACUGCGCCUCAGCAUUUAGGUUGCUGUCGCUCUUGGUGUCGCUCAUGAGGAAUGUAGCGGAGAGUAUUAGGGUGUUGGCAGAAAACUGUGUCAUCCCCUCUGGUAGGGGAAUUGAGGUACGUGAUGUGUACAAGGGUACUUCACGAGAUUCUUGACAAAACAGAAUUGAAAGCUGACUUUAUUUUGGUGCAAACACAAUGUCGAAAUUCUUGCAUAGUUUUUUUCAGAAUAGGCAUUUUCCACAAACUUUUAAAGGACUCGUAGAGCUGAUUUAUAACUGUAGAGUGAGUGGGUGAUUUUUUGUUCUGUGUCAUUGCUUAUUCCUUCACCCGUGAUAAAAACACAUUGAUACAAGAGAUUCCUUCCCUCAGAUUAUAAGGAGAUAUAAGUUGCUAUAGUCUAUUACUUGACCCAACUACAUGUGGCAUCAAGAGACGGUAACUUAUAUUGAUAGAAUGGCUUUUUAAAGUUCAGUAACUGUUGUACUAUCUAAUGUCUACCCAAAAUUCAGAAAAUAAUUCAAACUUGGGAAUCUACAGGUUCAUGAUUUCCCAUUUUCCUGUCCCUUCUAAUGACUUCUGUUGCUCAGAAAACAUAACACAUCAUGUAAAGAUAAAACACCUCUGUGUAGACAAGCAAUACCUUGCCUUCAGUUGGAUUCUGUCAUUCAGUAUGGGCUGUAGAACCUGAGUAGCCAUUGACUACCUCCUUAGUUUCUUCUUAGAUUUGUAAGAUUCCUUGGUAACUUCAUUUGUAGAAAAAAUUGAGUAUCACUGUGCUCAUUCAGUGCUAUGUCAUUUCACAGUACAGAUCUGUUUUAAUUUUUGACAGCUCUUAUAUACAGAUUUUUAGAAAUGUAAUAGAAAAUGAUUUUGCACAUAUGGUGCAAGUCUUGCUGUGUAUGUUUAAUGUGGCAACACUUGCCAAAACUGCUUGGCAAACAUGUCAAAUAAGAUGCUUGAGUCAGAACUCUAAUGUAAAUGUGUCUAAACAGCAGUAUGUAUCAUUACGAUGUAUUUUUGUAAACAUAGUGAUGGCUGCUUUCAGUCAUGUAAGUACUGGAUAAAAAUAACCACUUCACUGGGAAUGAUGUAGGGAAAUGUCACCCAGCUGAUGGCCCUCUAUGAAGUUAUUUGUAUUGUCAGCUGAUGGCAUUGGUUCUUUUAUUCACAUUGUUUCUUAGAGGAGACUGAAGAAGUGACAUCAGACAACAUGAAGUGCAAAAAUAAUAACCCAUCAGGAUUUGCCUUCCAAAUGUCACAUUCAAAACUUUAACUGAAAUAAAUACCUUAGAGGCCAUUUUACCCUCCGAAGUAUAUUCAGUUGUAAGAAACAGUGAGAGGACUUGACUUCUCUCAUCUGAUGUCCAGCUUGGGCAGUUUGUCUGUUGAAAGUAUUAAAUCUUUGCAAUAACAGUGAACAGGUUAAUUUUCCUUAUAACCGGCCUUACUGGACUAACAAUAUAUAGGCUGUGGUUUCAUUGAGUCAGAAUUCCUCAAAUUGCAAUAAAAAUAUAUCUGUUUGCAAGACUCACUCCAGUGCAAGUGGCCAGAUGUGUUGUGGCAUAUUAGAAAACUAUUUGGGCCCAUUCAAAGCAGAUUACAGAGGAAAAUUGAUAUUUUUCUUAUUAAAAAGGUCUUUGGAAGUAAAGAGGUACUUGAGCAUACAAACCAUACACCCUCAGAAAUGUCCAGCUUCCUGCAUAAGAUGUACAGAAGGCUGUAGGAGUGGGUAAAUUAAAGUCACUAGCUUGUUGACAUUUUUUUCAUAGGUUGCCAGUAGCAGAAACAGAGAUAUAAAAGCAAAGGUUUGAGCUCAGUGAAGUGGUGGUCUUUGGGAAGUCCUUCAUGUUACAAGGGGCCCUGGGUAUCCCUGGGCAGUAGCCAGUGCUCCAUUCACAUUUCCAUUCGUCAUCUUUGUAGCCUUGCAGUUGAUGAGUCUGGUUUGGAAGAGAGGGUUUUAUGUUGUCACUGUGAGUCCCGUGGUGAACGUUUUGUAGGAAAUGCAGUGAUCUGUGGAUCUCCCUGUAGUUUUGGCUUCAGCAUCCCUUUUGGCUGUGUUUCAGUUUUCAAUGGCAUGCCAAGGCCACGCGGGCCCUGAUUUGUGUUUCUUGGGAACAGGGCAUGCCAGAGGUGGGUGAUAAAACUUGGAAGGUCACUGGUCCAGUCCAGCCUUGUCCACUUUGAGCAUUGCCUUUAUGUCUCUCUUCUCUGGAACUUCAUGUAGCAGCCUAACACUGGGGCCAACUUGCCUUUACUCUAUUUUCUAUGAUGAAUACUUGUGGAGAAACUGUGACAGAUCCAUCGAUCCUAAUAUUUUUAUUGUUGAAGUCUUGUUGAUUAUUAAUAAUUUCUAUUUGAUUGUACUGUGUAGAGUUAUACACACUAGGGAUAUGUUAAUAAAGCUACAAAUGCAUAGUGUAAUAUAGAAUAGCAAGAUUUUUUUGUGAACAAUUUAUAUAGAAGAGUAAGUUGUUUUUUAAGUGUUAGGCACAUUUCUUUUAGGAACCUAAAAUGUUAUAAGAGUUUUUUAAACAUUUAAUAUUUUUAAUUAUAAGAGACAUUUGUUACUAGAGCCAAUUAUUUCAGGUGUUCUAAUUGGAGUAUUGAUUUUAUUACCUCAUAUACCUCUAUAAUGCCACAUGUUCUGUUGGGAAUAAAAUUGCACAAUAAAUGUCAAGUUUCUGUUAA